AUGGACCGUUUAUUUCAUACAGAAAUUUGUAUUUUUUCACCAAAAGCCAAUAUAAUAUACCUCAAACUAUUAAAGACGGUCCUCAAACCAUCAAUAUUUAUUCUAGAUUUGAAGGAAGAGGGUUUUAGCGAUGAUUUUAAGGAUUUCUUCCUUGAAAUUUUCAAAAAUAGACUAAACCUGGAGCAACAAAGCAAUUCUAAUUUUUGUUUAACCCGAAAUGCGAAAAAUUCGAUUAUACUUUCUUCCUCAAAAAUUCUUUAUUUAAUUUACGAAAAGGGCAAUCCAAAUGAUUUUUUUGCAUGCAACACUGCAAGUAAAAUUAUUUCAUUAAAUACCGGCGUGUCCACAAUAAUAAGAAAUGUGUGCAAAGGCAUGCAUUUGGUAUUUGUUUUGGACUUGGGGUCAUUAUUAUGGUUUUCAGAAUUAUAUGAUGAUAUAGAGCAAUUGGGAGCAAGGACAGAUGAGUUUUUAUCAAGUUUGGAAAACAUAUUAAACGAAGUUUCGAAGUUGUUGGAAUAUUUAAAGUAUAUGGAAGAUGGGGUAGAAGUAAAGUUUUCUGUUUUUUUGUUUGGAACGAAUCAAGAAGAGCCUUGCUUUAAGCUGGUAUUUUAUGAAAUACCAAUCAUUUCUUGGAUUAGUGAAAAACAAAUUUUCAGAGAACAUUUGCAAUGUGUUAUUCAGGAGAUUUUAAAAACCCACUUGGAGUUCACACAAGGUGAGAUAAACUUUUUUAAAAGCUUGUACAGCUUUGAAAUUUUUGAAUUACUGAACUCAUUUUCAACUUCUUGGACUCAUUCAGUAAUUGUAAUAACAACAGGAAUAAUAUCUUCCAGACUUUUUUCAGAAGGAAAUUCUUCCUCAUUAUUUUGUCAAAAUAAUGAUUUAUUACGUUACUGCUCUUCAAAUGAUAUUCAGAUUCAUUUUUUGGUGAUUAAAAAGUUUAGCAUGGACCUUGAAGAGUCAGAAAUUGGAUUAAUUCCUUCUUUAGAUACUUUGGAAUUUGUUGCUACUAGUUUUAAUUCAACUUUAACGGUAUGUGAGUAUGGAGUAAAUGAGCAGGAUGCGAGAAAGAUAGCAAAGGAUUUGCUAUUAAGGCCCGAUAUUUGCAAUAUCCCCUUCAAAACUGAAUCUGGAGUUAAAGACAUAUUAGAUGGGUUGAAGGAGAUUUAUAAUUAUAAAGUAAAUCAAAGGUUAUCUCUCAUAGAACUUUUAGUAAAUAAAUUAAGGAAUGGUUUCAAUUUUGUUGGAGAAUCAAAAAUUGAUAUUCCACUCAUUUUAUUUUCAAAAUUUCAUAAGUUGGUUGAAGUUAUAUGUUUGAUUGAAAAUUAUAAAGAUUUUCAAGACAACUGUUCAGAAUUUUGGUCCAUCAAAUUUUAUAUCAGGAAUUUAGGAAAUGCCAUUUCUACCCCAGAUCAAUUUUCAUUACUUAAAAAAUUAUUGGAAUCUAAAGAAGAGAUUAAGAAGCUCAAUUUCUCCAGCAAGCCCUACAUAUUGACUUAUUUCCUUUACUCCUUUAUUUUUAAAAACAGAUUAUUGGAUACUUGGAUGGAAGGCUUAGUUGAAAAUUAUUCAAAAAACAGCGAAUACAUUCCAACCUUUCCAAAAGAACUGAAUAGUUUGUUUCUUCCGUACAUUAUUCGGCAUGAAGUUGAUUUUAUAUUGGAUAGUGACCAAACUUUAUUUAAAGAAGAAGUUUUUGAUGGGUUUAAAGGUUCUUGGGACUUGCUAAAAGCCAAAUUAACGGAUUUAGGGUUUAAAUCCUUUAUACUAGAAAACCAACAGGAUGAAUUUGAUUUUUCAUCAAGAGAAAUUGAGGGAAUUUUGAUGUAUUAUAAUCUGUUUCCACAGAUAAAGACUACAGAAAUGGGAAUGAAAUUUGAGGACCUUGAAAUUUUGAGAAUUUUAAGAUCUUGGGCAAGUAAUGAUUCUUUGAUCCAGACUCAGAAUUCUAAUUUGUCUGGAAAAGCGAAAAACAUCACUGCAAUUUGGUUGAAAGCCCAAAGAACUAUUAUCAAAACAUCUGAUCAUGGGAAAAAUAAAAGUAAAGAAAUAGAAAGCCAAUCUUCAUUAGUGAAAUUUAACAUCUUAUUUUAUGGUCUCAGUCCAAUAUAUUGCCAAGAGUAUACAAAGUGGUUUAAGGAGCAAAUUAUGCAAUAUGGAAUUGUACCUGAAGAUGCAGAUUUAAGUUUAUUGAGAAUAUCAUUGAGAACAAGUUAUUUUUUAAAAAGUAGUACAAAAGGAGCCAUAUGCUUGGAAAAGUCAUGGAGCUACGUACUUUGGAGUGAAAAAGAAAAGCAUAUUCAUCAGGAGCAGGAACCAAUGAAUUUGAAUGAAAGGGUCAUAUUGACUAUAUCAAAUUCCAGAUUUUUGGAUGGUUGGAUUUUGCUUAAUAGGAUAAAUUACAAAGAUCAAUUAAAUUCAACCUGGUAUAAACCCAGUGAUCUUAAGAUUACUAAAAACUUCAGGUUGAAAGUAUUGUUUAUUUAUGACCUUAAGUUCCAAUUUGACAACAAUGCAAAUAGUAGCAAGCUAACAUGCAGAGCUUUAAUGGCAAGUUCUAUUGAUAGAACUGAUAUUAUUAAUGAGAAUAAUGGAGAAUUCUUUUUAUUUAAUAAGUUUGCUGAAAGAAUCCACUAUCAAGACAACAAAAUAAUACAAACAAUCUCAUUAAUAGAUUAUUUAUAUACUUCAAGUCAUUUAAGAAAGAAUAUUGAAUAUUUUAGAAAUAUGAAUGAAGAGAUAAAUGAAAAAAGUAACCAUGAGGAUUCCUCUGAAAUUAAAGCUGAAAGCUUUCAUCAAAAUGCAUACAGAAAUAAAUUUGGAGCAAUCAAUUCUAACUACUAUAAUAUCUUUUUCAGUGGUCUUAAAAAGUCCAAAGAAUUUAAUAAAUACAAGAGAAUUAUUCAAAACAAAUCAUUUUAUGCUAACGACGAUAAAAUAUCACUAUCAAUUCGAGAAAUUUCGAAUUUAUUUCUCACAUUUAAUAAUAAUGAAAUGGAGACAGAUUCAGAUGAUAAUGACAAAUUUAAAAUAGUUUCACAAUCUAGUGCAGAAAGUGACAAUUACGAAGCCAUUGAAAAUGAAUUGGAUAAAGAAUUUAUCAAUCAAUUUAAGCCUUUAUGUUUGAUAGAAAUACCUCUAAUUAACACAAACAAUUUGUUUACUUGUCAGAAUAAUUCCAAAAAUGGUAAAAAUUCUGAUAUUGAAGCAAGGAGAAAGUAUUUGGAAGGAGCAUCAGAAGGUUCGUUUGAGAAGUUCCUAUAUAAAAUAUCAAAAAUCACAGACAGAUCUGUUAGGGUGGAUGAAAAUGAAUGGUAUACAAUAUUGUUUAUUGAUGAAGAUGAACUGGAUGUCAAGUCUAAAGAUCAGGAUAGCUUUAUAAUAAGUGAAGAUUUGGAACCAAUUUUUUCUGAUAAAAGAGAGAAAACCAAAAGUUGGAAUUUAAUAAGGAGGUUACAUAGUAAUCAAAUCUACGAUUAUAUGAUAAUUACUCAUAUUAAACUUCACAGAUCCAGUUCUAAUGGGCCAACAAGCUCAAUAUUAGGAAUAUAUCUUUGUUCGUAUUACAAUAUUUGUUUUGGAAUAACACAGAAAAAGGCAAAUCUAGAAAUGGGGAUUUUUGAAAAAAAGAAACUGAAUAAAGUUAGACAAUUCGUAGAAUUAUAUAUUUCUAUAGUAAAAGAGAUUUGGGAUUCAAUUAAAUUUAAAAUGAUUUCAAAAUACUAUUUAUUGGGUAUUCCAAUUUGUUCCAAAGAUAUUGCAAAGAUACAAAACGAAAAUGAAUUCAAUGAGGAGAAGGCUCAACCAUCAUCAAAAAUAGAUUCAGAAUCAAUUUAUAUAAAUGGGUUAGAGAAUAGUUCUAUAGAAAAUCCUAUAUCAGUAAGUGGAAUUGGUCUGGAUUUAGAUCCAGAAUUCGAUUUUAUAAAAGAAGAAAACACCCACCAAGAUAGUUUUCAAAGCUUAUUGCUUGGUUUAAGUUAUGAUCAGGAGGUUUUAUCAGAAAAGGGAAGUAAUUCUGAUCCAGAUACUUGCUCGGAUAUAACAUUUGAUAUCAAUGAAUGUAAUGAAGUUAGAAGGGAAGUUUGCAAGUAUUUAAAAUGCAAUAUAUUCAGAUUUAAACUCAGUCUUUCCAGUUUCAAAAUAGUCCUAUAUAGAAAAUUCAGAAAUAAUGUAGAGCUGGAUAAGGGGCUAGAAAAGUUGGAUAAGUUAGCAGGAUUUAUUGGUGAGGAACUUGAAAGCCGUAUGAAGAAUGCUUUAAGAAUGAAACUAGUUCAUUUUGAUUGCCAAGAUUUGAAUUGUUUUUUGGUAUUUUGCGGAGUACUUGAUUUAUAUAAGGGAAAAACUGAGAAUAUUAUAGUAGCUAUAUCAUUAAUGAAAAAUAAACAAAACUUGGGGAUUUCUUACCUUGAAUCAAUAAGAUUCUGGAAAAGAUUCAAAAAAAAUUUAAGUUUUAGUCCCAGUUGGUUUCAUUGCCUUGUUUGGAAAAGUUUGACAGAAAAAGAUGAUUUAGAACUAAAGGUAACUAUUUUUACAUCUAUUGAUAAGAAAUACAUUAGAGUAAAUAGGACAGAUAUGGAACUCUGGUCGAUGAUUAAAUUGGAAAAAGAAUUAUUUGUUUCGAAACUAAGAAGCGUAUUAUCCUCUUGGAUGACUGAUAUGACUAUGGAACUUUCUUUUAUACAUGGAGAUGAAAUUUGGGGAAAAAGUAGGGAUGAAUCAUAUAGAAUGAAUUUGUUUGCUUGUUUUGGCCGUGAAUUAUUGCUAGAAUGCCUACAAGGAAUUAAGGAGAAGAUUUGGAAUUAUAAUGAUGAACUAUUUUCCGAGGAAGUUUUUGAAAAAAACAAAUUGAUAUCUUCUGGAUCAGUAAUUCUCAGAAGAGAUAUUCAGUUUCCUUUAUUAAAAUCUGAAACUAAAUUUGGAAAUGAUAUUGCUGUAAUUAACCUGCUUUCAUCUCAAGCUGAUUAUUUUCCGAUCAAAAGAAAACCACAUUUGAUUUUAAUAUGGCAUGGAUCUCAGUUUCCUAUGGAUAAUUUGCAAAUAGCAAGUCCAAGCUUAAAAAGCAGACUCAGAAGAGGCUUUUUGGACAACCUUUUAGAGCAUACCAGAGUACUUGCAGAGAUUUAUAACCCAGAUGGUUUGGUAAACAACGAAUUAGUACUAGGACUUGCUUUAAAGAUUUAUUUUCCAUCUUCAAUUACCUGUGGAAUGAAAAUGAGCUCACAAAGUAAAUUUAAGUGUAAGAUAUGUGAUUUUCAUAUAGAGGAAAACUGUUUACAUGAAUCUAUUAAUUUUAUUUUUUCAACAAUGCAAAGUAGGUUUAUUGAUAUUUGGAAAGAAGCAACAUGCGAUUUCUUACUACAGAACGUUGCUAUUUCAAGAAUGGUUAGCUCUUUGAUGGUACCUAAAUUUAUAUCAUCUGAUUAUUCAAAUCUAAGAAUAGAAAACGAAAAGAAGAAACCAGAAAUAUCAAUUUUAGACUCAAAUGAACAGGAGGACAUUUUUGGACAAAUUUCUAUCACCUCAGAAUGGCUUUAUGAAGUACCUUUUGAAAUUUCCCCAGCAAAAUUUAGAAGGAUGAAAAAGAAUAAUUUUAGUAGUUUAUUAAAAAGGAAAUUGGACCCAGAUUAUUACGAAAAGCCUGGUGAGGUAAUUUUAUGGGAUGGAAGAACAAUUAAAGUACCUAAUUAUAUAUUUUGGCUAAAAAAACAUGAAGAAGUAUUUAUUGAAAUUCCUUCUGGGCUCUAUAAUGCUCCAUUGAUAGAUAUCUUGUUUGGAGGGGGAAAGUGGGACAUUUCAAAUAUUGAUAGAUACAACAAAGAGUUAUCUUCAAUUGAAAAAAGUUUAUUUGGAAACUUUGAUUCCGGAAAAGAACCCAAUAAAAGCUCUGAGGUCUUAUCUUCUGCAAAAGAAAUAGAAUUCAUUUCUUUAAUAUAUCCAAAAGGAUGGCUAUUAUAUUCAGAAGAUGCAAUAACUUCGACCAAUACAUUAGGAACUGGAUCCAUAUUUUUGAUUAAGCCUGAUUAUCUUUUUAUCGAUAUUAGGAAUAGGGAAGUGAAAAUACAAAAAAAAAAGAGAAAAGACUUAAUUAACCAGGGUGAAUUGAAUCAAAGUUAUUCUGUUGAGUUCUCUCCUUCAAGUUCAAAUAAUGUCCCAAAGCUUAAGUCGAAAGUUGGAAUUUCUCUUUCUUUCUUUGGAAAAAGAAAACCUUCAAAGAGUACAAAACUAUAUUUUUAUAGACAGCUCAAAUUUGCAUUACAAAGACUUAUUUCAAAUUGGAAUAAUAGUUUUAACACCAUAAUACUCCCCAAAGCUGAUUAUGAGAAAUCAGUUGGAGAAAUUUAUUUGAAUUCAAAGAAUGAAUUGAGCUAUGAUUCAAAUCAGAAGCUUGAAGCCCCUUAUCACUUAACAUUAAUCUUAAAAUUAAGCAAAACAUACCAUAAUUUUUUAGGUGCUUCAGUUUUUAACAUGGCACAACAAAAUAAUAUAAUAUUGAAAUUUGGGGAUUUGUUUACAAUAAUGACUACUAUAUUAACAUGUUACAACAUAAGCUAUGAAGAAAUUGAUCGAGGUAUUCGUAUAUUUAUUAGAAAUAUUGAUUUUGAUUCGAAAUCUGAGGAAUUGGAAUACCAGAUAGAUUUAUCAUUCUAUUCUGGAAUCAAUGGCCGAAUUCUAGACACCUCUGAUCCAUGGGCUGCAGGGAACAAGUUUGGUCAAGAUCCCUGCUUAAAUCUAGAAAAGUAUUUUGAUGAUUGCUUACUUCCAGUACUUGAAGAUGAAAUAUAUCAGUUUCCAAGCCCAUAUUGGGAUUUUAGUAAGAUAUCAGACUUUGUGUUUUUGUAUAGAAAUAAUGAAGCGGAUAACCUAAACAAUGAUACCAUAAAUGAAACAAAUUCUUGGAAUUUAAUAAGAGAUUUAGAUGGCAGAUUAAUCCAGAUACGAAAGAAUUCAUCAGCCCAUACAACCCCCGAAAAUAACUUAGAUGAAAGAAAAAAACAAAAAAAAUCGUCUUAUGAAUUAUUAAAUACACAAAAGUAUGAUUCUAGUAAUAAUGAUUUGCUUAUAUACUUAAUGCCAUGUAUUUACUUGGGAGCAGAUACAUAUUAUAAAGGAAAACCAAUUUAUUUGGAUGAGAGAUCAGAAAUGGACGAUGAGAAUAAUCAUAAGGCUAAUAGCAUAAUCAUGUUUAUUAAUUCACUUUUUAACCUAGUAUUUAUGGAGUUAUUAAUUAAACUAAAGUUAACAAUUAAGGAUAAUUGGAUUGUCAAAAAUCAAUUUCAACUUUCUAAGAAAGAAUUGGAUAAGGAAAUAAAUAAAAAUUCAGGUUAUUAUUCGUUUCUGUUAAAUAAUGAAUACCCAAAAGUUCAUGGAGCAACAAUUGGAGAUAUACACAAAUAUAGAGAUGAUAUUCAGAGCUUUUUUCAAUUGAUGAUAAAUAAUAGAGAAACUAUCGAAAGAUUUGUACCUUUAAAAUUAGUUUCUAAGUACGAUAAUAUGAUAAAGAGUUAUUCAAUUCCCAGUCUAAUUAUAAAAGAUAUUCAUGGAGAAAAUGAUGAAACUCAAAUGUAUUUUCCUUCUUGGAGUAUAGCUGAUUUCAUUAAGAAAAUUAGAGAUGAAAUAAGUAAAAUUCAGAAAGAGAAAAGUAUGCUAUCAGAAUUGAAUAGUAUAAAGAUAGUUAUUUCUGGAUAUACUUGUAUAAUUCAUGAUAAUAAAGAAGUAGAUAUAAAUGAAAGGGUACUGAAAAAAGAAGACGGAAUUUCUUCAUCUAAUAACUCCUCGAUUAAUAUCAAAUUUCCCAUAGAAAAAAGACAAUCAAUGAAGGAUACUGAUUUUGAAGAAUGUGGAUGGCAUAUUUUGAAAUAUAAGUCUCAUGUUAAGUACUUAAAUGAUAUAUAUGAACAAACAGACUCAAAUAUUACUGAUUGGGUGGACUCAUUAUACGAAAUAGAUAAAGAUUCUAGUUAUGAUAAUAAUAUUGCUGAUACUAGAAGUGAUUCAAAUUUUAUGAAUCUUUAUGGUUCAUUUUUUAAUAUUUCUGGAGGUAAGCAAAGACCUUGUAUAACAGUAAACAUUCAUUCAACUGAUGAUACUAUAAUAGAAUACAUGAUCAUUCUUGAGCUGACCCCAAGUGGAAUAAUGAUUGUUUCUUGGAAUGUUCCCAUCUUAAUUAUUGGCAAGUUUCAGCAUAUAAUUAAAUCAUUUAUAUUUGAAAAUUCUAUCAAAAUGGUUUGGUCUUUGCAAUUAUCAAUUUGGUAUAAAUACAACAUAAUUUACAGAAAGUAUAUUUUUGUAUUAGAUUUAUCCAAAUUUUACAUCGAAUUUGAGAAAAGUACAACUAUUAACAACAAUGAGUAUUCUGUCCCUUUUCUUGGUAAUAAUUAUUAUUUUCCAAAAAUUUGUGAGAUCUCAACAAAUAUAAUAUCAUACAUUUGGAGAGAUAAAUAUAAAGACCCAGAAUUAAAAUCGAGUAUUUUUCAAGAUUUAUAUAAAAAGGAGCUUAUAAUAGAGUGUAAAAUCAACAGAUUAAAGUUGGAGGACAUUUUAAUUCCAAACAUUGUAAUGGGGAAAAUAUUGGAUUUAAAAUAUGAAGAGCUACUCAAAAGAUAUCGAAUAAAUGAGAAAUUUAAUUGCUUAAUUCCAUCUAUUAUUAACCAAAUAAGAAUGUUAAAUUCUGAUGAUUUAAUUGAGAGGUGGAACAAUUGCUUUUUUAAAUAUAAAUUCUGGGUAUUUAUUAACCAAUUUUUAAUAGAAUGUUUCAGCAUUAAAAGUCUAAAACAAGAAAUAUCAAGAAUGUUUUCAAAAAGUGUAAUUCUUCAAGUAAACAAAAGCAAUAUGAUUUUUAAAUAUCAACAAAUUGUUAACUUUUUAAAGAAAAGAGUCGAGAGUUAUAAUAUUGAAUAUUCGAAGUAUCAGAAAAUUAAUGAAAAACACAAUGAAAAUAUUAUUCAAACAUAUUAUUACUUAUUAACUUAUCUUCAAAAUUCUCACAAUAAUAUUAAUACAUUAAUUUCUGCAACAGUUCAAAAUAGAAAUAAUCAUUUUGUAUUACUUCACCCAAAUCAACUUUUUGAGGAUAAUGGUACUAGAAAGUUAUUCAAUUACAAUAAUAUUAACAGCUGUGAAUUAUGUAUGAUGAAUCCAAAAGAUAUUUCCAUAAGAAUAAUUCUAACGAUUUUAUUUAGAUGCUCCAUAGAUCUCUUGGAGCGUUUAUAUAAUGAGGAAAAGCUUGAAAUAAAUAUACAAAAUGAUCAAUCUACUUUUAAAGAAAUUGGCUUUGUAACAGAAGAUUCCUCUGACUUUUAUGAAUCAGAACAAAAUCAAAGUGAAAGAAAGAAUUCAAUUUUAAAUAAAGUUCAAAAAGAUAAAUUCAUUAGUAAAAAAAUAAUCAUUGAAAAAUUGGAAUGCUUUGACAAUAAGGGUGAACUAUUAAUCUUUAUUGAAGAUAUACCUGGGAUUCCAUACCAAAACUUUUCUUCCAAUCUCGGGAAUAUGUAUAUAAUGAAGGAUUUAACUAUAAAAUUAGAUGAAUUAUUUAAAGAUAAUGGGUUCAUUAGACUAGCAAAUUCUUAUAAUGAAAUUAUUAACAAAGAAUACUUAUUUAAAAACAAUUAUUGUAUUUCAAUAAUUAGUAGUAUCUAUAAUGGAUUAAACAUACACGAAAAAAUACAAGCAAAGAAUUUGAAUUACUUAAUGGAGACAGAGAUUGGUAAUGAGAAAGAAAUUAUCAUUUAUAUAAAAACUAUUCAUAUUAAAAAAUAUAACUUUUCAAUACCUAUAUGUGUUUUUCUAAGCUUAUACAUAAGUAAGAUAAAGAUCAUAUAUUUAACAAGUAUUUUUAAUGAAUGCACAUCAUACAUUAAUCAAAGUAUAUUGGACUUUAUCAAAAUACUAAAUAUCAAAAAGUUGAUUUUUGAGUAUGUUUUAUCUUAUUCAGAAUCUUUGAUUUUAAACAUUUGGAAUCAAAGUAAUAAGAAAUUAAAGAUUCAAAAUUUUCAAUAUUUUGAAAAUGGACUUUCUGGAUUAAAACGAUCUGUUGAUCACUUAAUUAAAUCUAUAUUGUGGGUAAAUGGAUUUUUAAGAGAUUAUCCAAAUAUUGAAAUUUCAAAUCUGAGCAUUUUUCAGAUAUUAAUAACUAGAGAUCUUAAAAUAAAUAAUAAUCAGUUUAUUUCAAUACAAAACAGUUUUUACCAAUAUAUUGAUUUAGAAAAAUCAAGUUAUAGAAUUAAGAUGUUACCAAAUUCAGAGAAUAAAGUAAUUAUAUUAUUCCAAUCUCUAGUAAAAAACGAGUUAAUUGGAUUAAUAAUAGAUGAUAGUAAAGAUAAGGGAAACCAUACAAAUAUUCAAAACUAUGACAUAGAUUAUCAUAAAGAGAUUUUGAGAGAUGAUUUGGAAUUACCAAUAGACUGUUUUAUUUUAAAAAAUGAAUCAGAAAUGGUUCAAAGUCAACAUGAGCUUGAAUUUUCACAAGAAGAAAUUAAAUGGGAAAUAACAAACACAUUGUGUACUAUAAAAGAAUACAUAAAAAGAGAUCAGAUGCUUCAAAAGAUUCAAGUAUAUGGUACAUCUUUUUCACAAAAAUUUGUUGAUGAUUUGUCCAAUAAUCAGUUUUCUAUUAAUUUGUCUUUGGAUAAUAAAUUAUUAAAGCAGCUUCCAAUAAUAAAGAUUAAAAAUUUAAUGGUAAAUGAUGGAGCCAAGAUGGCUUAUAAAUCAAUGAUGAGAAUUCAAGAAAAUAUAAAUGUGAUUGUAUCUUUAUUUAGACAAUUUUGGAUGGAAAAUGAUGCAAUUCAGUUCUCUAAUUCUUUGUAUAGAAUAGAGGAGUCAGUAAUUGUAGGGGAAUUUAUUCAAGAUAGAAUUAUUUCUUUGUUAAUCAAAAAUAAAAUUAAGGAAGUUAUCUUAAUAAGGUUUUUCACGACAUUUAAAGCUUAUAAAAAUAGUGAUAUGGAAUGGAUUUUUAAUGACAUAAAGUUUACUUUUAAAAAUGAAAAUAAAAUUAAGAGAUAUUUUUUUAUUGAAAACAAACAAAAUGAUAAUAAUGAUCAAGAAAUAAAAAGUGAUUUAUAUAAUUUAGUACUUAAAUCAAUAGAAUAUAUUUUGGAUAAUAAUAGCAGAAAGAGUACUAAUAAAUGUAAAUAG